AACAACUCUCAAAGAAGUGUAAAACUACGCCGCGAGAAAAGAAGGAAUUAAAGAGCUCUGUUUAAUUUUGACACUGAAGAACAACUCAAAAAGGAAAAUCACUCAAUUUUCUCAAAAGUCUCUCGUUGCGAAGUAUUUAAUCCCGAAACACAUAUAAAAAUGCUCCAAAGUCUUUCGGAUUUCCCACCAUAUUCGUUGGUCAUUGCUGGAGCAACUCUUCUGCUGACGAUUCUGUACUUCAUUCGGAAAAACAGCAACGUGCUACCUGGCCCAAGAGGUCUUCCUUACUUUGGACUGUUUCCUGGGCUGACCCAUGACGGUUGUCACUUGCAACUUCAGGAAUACACCCGUAAAUAUGGAGACGUGUUCAGUUUCACCUACAUGGGCAACCUCUUCAUCCAUCUUGGGACUGUGAAGGCAAUGCGAGAGGUCCAUGUGCAGAAAUCUGAUUGCUUCGAAGAGAGGUUCACCCGCUUCAGCAUAUUGACUUAUUUACUUUCAAAAGGAGUUGCGAUGACAAAUGGCGAACCUUGGAAAAUCCUUCGAAAAUUUUUCGUUCAGAACUUCAAAGAAUAUGGAAUGUCAUCUUUAAAAGACACCACAGAUGGUCCAAUUUACGAAUCUCUGGUGAAAACUAUUGAAGAUAUUCGUCAGAAAAAGGGACAAUCCUUCAACGUUAUCGACCUUCUGGUUGAGAGGUGCAGUGGCAUAAUAAAAAAGAUGAUUUUUGGCAUCGAUGGCGUAACAGGCGAGGAGUUGCGGAUCUUGAACGAAACGUAUGCAGUUGCCCUUGAUGGAAUGACGGGAAAUAAAAUGAUGUUCAUUGGACCAUUUGGAAAAUUGAUUUUUCGCACUUUACCUUCUUACCGUAUAGCUAUUGAUCAGCAUAGAAUUAUGAGCACUUUAUUGUAUAAAAUUUGUCGAAGAAUAGAAUUAAAUUUCGACGGUGAACACCCCACGAAUAUGAUCGAGAACUUUUACAGAGAAAGAAAAAUAAGGCAACAGAAAAAAGACCCCACUGCAAAGCAUUUUACAGAUGAAAUGUUGGUAGAAUCGUUAUCACAGUUUGUUGGAGAUGGCAUAAUUUCUGUAUCGUACUUCAUCGGUUGCCUCCUGUAUGCACUGGUACAUCAUCCUGAAGAACAGGAUAAGUUGUAUGAAGAAAUCAAAGAAGUUGUUGGGUUUGAACGUUUGCCAACGUUGGAGGAUCGCAGUCGAAUGCCGUAUACCAACGCUUUCCUCUACGAAUGCAUAAGAACGUCCAAUAUGUUUUCCAUAUUUCCAAGCUUAGAAUGCACCAAAGAAACCACGGUAAGAGGAUACAGAAUCCCUAAAGGCUCAAUUACGCUUCUGAAUUUUUGGUCUGCAAAUCAGGAUCCAGAAACUUUCCCAAAUCCUUCCAAAUUUGACCCACAGCGUUUUAUAACGAAUCCUGGGCAGCCAAAGCAGGAAUUACCAAAUAUUUUUGGUGUUGGUAAACGUGCUUGCACCGGAGAGCCUUUGGUCAUGAUGGAGUCCUUCCUUUUCUUGACUACAAUCGUCAGGAAUUUCCGCAUCGCCGAAGUGGCGAAUCCAAAAAGCAUGGCGUCGAUGUUCCUGACGACUGGCAAUAUGGAGCUAACCUUCUACCCCCGGUCCGAAAAAUAACAUUCAUGUCUCACCUUAAUGCAGUCCAUUGUUCUCAUCUCUUUACUAUCAUGUCAUUGGUUUAAGAAAUAAAUAUUUUAGUGAU